GUGGUUGCAGGAUAAAAUAUAAGAGAAUCACAAGAAGAUGAGGUGAUUGUGUAUACAUAUAUCUUUCUCUUGAAAUAUUACCUGCAAUUUUUUGGUAAUUUAUCAAGUGAAUUUGUAAUUUACCUGUUAGAUCUGUAUGGACUGCUUUUUGCUUUUUGUCCUUUUUGCAGGCUGCUACAAUGUAUUUCAAACCCUGUAGAUGUUACACAUAUUUUUCUUUAAUUAUUUCUUUCCUUUCUUGCAAAUAGUCUUCUGUUCUGACUGUUAAUUUCAGUGGACAGGCCUCAAGUUGAAACAAGUGGAUAUGUGGAAGGUAGACCUGCCUACAUCUUGUGCAUUGUAUCGACUAGAGGCGGGAAUGCAUCACUGGAUUUGAGCAUUGUACAAGAAGAUACAGAUUUGGUGAUACACCUCAAUGCGACAGAAUAUGUCAUCGAGGAAGUAGGUCCUGGAAUCUGGGAGACUUCCCUGAAAUAUGACUUUACUCCAACUCGCGGCAUGAACAGAUGGCCACAUUCGGAGUUCGACUGCAUUGCAACAUACCGUAACCGCACGAUCCACAUCAACAAUCCAAUUAGCAUUGCAGUCAGACCGUUUGGACCAAAUGUGACUAUUCCGGAAGCGCUGGAAGCAGGCAUGAGUAUAAACGCAACAUGCUCUGUUACAGAUGGGUCUGGACCAUUUAGACUGACCUGGUACUUGGAAAACACAAAGAUGAACUCGUCUGCAAAAACGAUAAUGAAUGCAGACAGGACUAGAAGUAUAGAGAACACUUUAGAGUUGGAUCUCACCCAGGAGCACAGUGGGAAAGUCCUGAAGUGUGAGCUCAUUCAUGGUAGAAAUUACAAGAGACACGUCUCAAAGAUAUUGACUGUAAAAUUUUCUCCCAUCAUCACUGUGCCUACGUCAAACUAUUCCAUUAAAGAAGGCAGCACCGCGAGUCUGGAGUGUUACGUCCGGGCUGAACCGAUCAGUGUCGUAAGGUGGACUAAAGACAACGCCAACAUCAGUGUCGUAGAGUGGACUAAAGACAACACCACCAUCAAUGGCAUAGACAACACCACCAUCAAUGGCAUGGACAACACCACCAUCGAAGAAGGUGGUUCCGGUCAAGACACCACAGUCGAAGAAGGUGGUUCUGGUCGAUACAGCAUUGGAAAUUCAUCUCACGCCUCCCUGACCAUACGGAAUGUGAUGACAGACGACAGUGGAAUGUACGUCUGCUCAGCUAGCAACGAUAAAGGAAGAGCAACGAGUCAAAAUAUCACAGUGGAUGUGAUAUAUCCUCCUAAACCCAACAAUGUGACGUCCUUGAUAACGGCCACGGUGGGAGAUGCUGUCACUCUGACGUGUUCCGUAACGGCUAACCCCGCUGUAACCAUGGUCACCUGGAAGUAUGGAAAUAGGUUGUUACCAGAAACAGGGAUGACACUGAAUGUCAACAUACCGAACUCGUCACCAUCGUUUGGUGUCUACACAUGCAUAGCUACAAACCCUGUUGGCUCAUCAUUGCCCAUAGAGUUUACAUUGGCAAAGGCAAAUCUAACUGGACAAGACAAAGUACUUGUUGUCAAAG